AUAUAAGCAGAAUAAAAAGCAAAAAACACAAACUUUUCUAGUUUCAACAAGUCACACGGUUGUUUUCUUCAGAUCUCGUAUCAGAAACAACCGUUGACAAUCAUGGAUUUCAGGGGGAUUCUAGCGGAAUCCCCACUGGAUGUACCGACCGUCAUUAAAAAUUGUCAGGGCUAUUUUGGUAACGUCUCGGAGAAGCACGAAUUCAUUGGUAAGAAUUUUGUAAUGUGGGAAGUUCUACCGCUUCAAUUACUGCAGAGAAAGUCCAACAUGUGGUUGGGAGAUGAUCCUUUCAACUAUUCACUUCCUGUUUUCUUGGCUCAGAUUUCCAUCACAGCUCUGGUAACAUCAACCAUGGAAUUCCUAUUGAAACCCAUUGGUGUGACUUCUUUCGUUGCUCAGAUGAUCGGAGCUAUAAUCACGGGUCCUUCAGGUGUGGGGCGAUCUUGGUUAAUGGCUAACAAGAUAUUCACAUAUUCAUCUUUGUAUGUAUUGGAAACAGUUCAGUACUUCGGUUCCAUGUUUUUUCUGUUUCUUAUAGGAGUAAAAUCAGAUAUGGGUAUGGUAAAGAGAUCAGGAAAAAUGGCAUGGGUGGUAGGAUUCCUUAGCUUCUUGCUACCUGUGAUUCUCUCCUCGGCAGUGGCUUUCAUUACUGUAAGCAGAAAUCAUACAUUUUUUCCCACGGAUGCAGCCAUGGGUUUUUAUGCUAUUGCAGGAUUAACAUCCGUGAGUUCUCCUCACGUCAUCAAUGCCUUCUUGUCUGAUCUAAAGCUCCUAAAUUCCGAACUUGGCCGAAUAGCUGUAUCAGCAUCCAUGGUCAGUGGAUGCUGCAGCUUACUUUCCGUCUUCUUAGUUUUAACAAUUGUACAAAGCAGCAGAGCGACGGUUGCAUACAGCUUCUGGUGGACAAUUCUCAGUUGUUUACUAAUCAUCCUAGUUAUUCUCUAUGUUAUACGACCCAUAAUGUACUGGAUAAACAAACGCACAGCAGAUAACAUGGUAGUCAAGGAAGGAUACCUAAUCUUCAUAUUUCUUACGGUUUUGGUUUCUUCAUUGCUCGGUGAGAUUGUUGGGCAGCAUUAUUUGGUAGGUCCAUUGCUUCUGGGUUUGGUCGUUCCACCUGGACCGCCAUUAGGAGCCGCAAUAGAAAAUAAACUCGAGUGUUUCGUCACCGGUAUACUUGUGCCAGUAAUUGUGAUUGCUAGAGCAUGUGUUUUCCAGGUAUACGAUAUAAGAAUGUCAACUUUCUGGGGAGUUCAGCUAAUAUCCUUGUUCAGCUUUUUUGGGAAGUUGUUAGGAACUUUAAUCCCUGCUUUCUAUUCCGGAAUGCCUUACCAAGAUGCUAUCAUUCUAGGACUCAUCAUGAAUGUCCAAGGUGUGCUAGACAUUCAGAUAUGGGUGCGAUCAAUAAGUCUACAACUCAUCAGCAGGGAACUUUACGGAUGUCUCGUGUUAACUAUGGUGAUUUUUACUGGAGCAAUCUCAAUCAUAGUGAAAUUUUUCUACGAUCCCUCGAGCAAAUACGCAUCUUACAGAAGAAAAACCAUCCAGCACUCUAAACCCAACGCGGAGCUUCGUAUACUAGCUUGUGUCUACCACGAAGAGAAUGUCCCGAGCAUUGUCAAACUCCUUGAAGCUUCCAAUGCAACAACAUACAGUCCUAUCUGCGUCUAUGCCCUUCACCUGGUUCAACUUCAAGGUCGUGCAACACCUUUACUUAUCGCUCACAAAACAAGGCCUAGAACCGAGAACUCGGAUAUGGACCCGACAACAAGAAUCAUUAUGAAUUCCUUUUCAUUAUAUGCACAUCACAACAGAGGAAUAGUUUCAUUGAAUUCUUUCACGGCCAUCUCACCUUAUAAUAUAAUGCAUGAAGAUGUUUGCUCACUUGGUUUCGAUAAAAGAACCUCCCUGAUAAUUAUACCCUUUCACCACCAACACCCAGCUAUUCUUUCUAAGUCUGUGUCCUCAUCAGCGAUCCGAAGAGUAAACAUGAACAUUCUCAAAAAGGCACCUUGUUCUGUAGGAAUCCUAAUUGACAAAGGUGAAACCAGACCCUCUACUCUUGGUGGUAUGAGUAACAGCAGCUCUCCAGUAUCAAAGGUUUUGGUUAUAUUCUUGAGCGGUCCAGAUGAUCGUGAGGCAUUGGCUUAUGGUGCUCGAAUUGGAGAUGAUGUUAACGUAAACUUGACAGUUAUUAGAUUCAUGCAAUCUGAUGAUAGGAUGCAGCAGCAAAGAACAAAAGAGAAGAAGCUGGAUGAUGAUGCAAUAUAUGCGUUUAGGCAUCAAACUGCAGGUUUCAAGAAUGUGGAGUACAUCGAAGAAGCGGUGAAAGAUGGUGUAGAUCUUAUUUCGAGUAUUAAAGAAAUGGAAAGGUCGUUCGAGCUUGUGAUUGUUGGACGAGAUCAUGGGCAAGAAUCAUUAAAACUAUUCGCUGCUUUUAGUGAAUGGAAUGAGUUCCCGGAAUUAGGGAUUAUAGGUGAUAUGCUUGUUUCUUCUGACUCUAAAGCGUCUGGGUGUAUAUUGGUCAUGCAACAACGUCCACCAAAAGAAGAAGAAAGAAUACAAAAAAUUAAGUCCCUCAAAUAAACAAUCUAUUUAUUUGAUAGGUAAGCAUCACCUUCGGCUUAUAAUGAGCUGUUUUGGGUACAGACAGUGUGAAUCUUCAAAUGCAUUCCAUUAAUCCAAAGAGAAAAUGGGUCAUUUGGCCAAGUAUCUAUAAAACAUGUUCCUAAUUGACAUGUAAAUAUUAGGCAUGCGUAAAAUGGACACCAAAAAUUCAAGAUAAUUGUGUCUCUUAUUUAUAAGUAUUUUUCUUUUUUUUUUA